AUGAAGGACGACAUCAUCAAUAACUACAAAGACGAUGACCCAAACCCUCGCAAGCGCCAGGUUGCCACAGUGGGACUCCAGAGUGGUAAGCGCAUCAAAAUGGACGAGUGGCUAGCCUAUCAUGGAACAAGACAAUUCCGCAUUGAUGACGAUCAUUACCAAUGCCUGGAAAGACAGAGAAGAGGAAAGAAUGGAGGUCGAAUGAAUAGCUAUCGCAAAUCAGUAUGUCACGCACGAUGUCAUAAGGACUGGAUUCGCAUUAUGCAUUAUCUUGGCCAAUGCGUACGAGGAAACCAAUAUAAGUUUUGGAUGUACGACGUUUGCUCUACCCUAAAGGCGUCCAAUGAAACUCUUCGCUCACUGGAUCUCAUACUUUCUUGCCGAUCUCUUGCUCUGUUUACCUUGGGAUCUGAGGCAUCCAGCAUUUCGGAGCUUCGCAUUUUGAACUCCAAUCUUGAUUGCAAGCUUCAAACAAAACCUGUGUAG